UUUGCCGCCGAGAUCCCGGACGAGAUCGGGACGCCGCAGACGUCAUACGCCAAUCUGACAUCGACGAACGAUUGUUACGCGUCGAUAUCGAAGAACGUCAAUCUUGAUAGCGCGCGAACGCGGUAUCAGCUCGAUUUCUCUUAUCAAGUAUUUUCUUCACUUGCACUUAGCGUCGAUCGUAAUCGUGUCGGUCUAGAUCACGCAUUGUGAAUCUUUUCAGACUUCUUCGAAGUUGCCGAGGUGCUUUUCGGGUUGUUAAUAUCGGGUGAUGAUUAUUGCGUCAAAGAACUAUAUGAUCAUAAAUCAAAUAGAAACGAGCGGUAAAAAAAAUUGGUGAUCGAAGAUUAAAGAGGGUGGAAAAGUCAGUGAUUGCUCGGGAAGUGACUUACGUGCCACAGUGCGGGUACGCUAGAACCUGGAAUUAUCCUAGCGCAUUUAAUAUCGGCCUGAUAACGAAUGAUCGAGGAGGCACGAUGAAUGGGACAGCAACAGUCACAGCCUCCGAAGAUCAUCAGCAUCAGCACCAACAAGCGCAGAAUGAAACGACAUCGGAUCAUCCACGGAGUCCUGCCAGUCCACUGAGUAUUAGACACGAUUCCGGCGAGAGCAGUGUCAUUUCGCCAGGCCUGCCUGAACGUUACAGUCCUCUGGGAGCGACGGGAUCCACAUCCAGCCACGAUCCUUACGCUUCCCGGUCGGUCCAGGAAUGUCCGGUGCCCCUCUGCCGAGGAAUGCCGACAGACUUUCCUCUGGCCAGAUCACCGUAUCUGACCGCGCUCGGGAACGGUCACCCGCACUUACUCGGCCAGGUGCAGCAUCAGCAACAGCAGCAGCAGCAGCAGCAAUCGCAGCAACCGCAACAUGGUAGCAAACCGCCACGAAGUCUCGGACUAAUAUGCGUGGUCUGUGGUGACACUAGCUCCGGCAAACAUUACGGAAUACUCGCCUGCAACGGUUGCAGCGGCUUCUUCAAGAGAAGCGUCAGACGAAAGCUGAUUUACAGAUGUCAAGCUGGAACCGGAAGAUGCGUCGUGGACAAGGCGCAUCGAAAUCAGUGUCAAGCGUGCCGUCUGAAGAAAUGUAUGCAAAUGGGAAUGAAUAAAGAUGCUGUCCAAAAUGAACGUCAGCCGAGGAAUACUGCCACCAUUAGACCGGAAGCACUCGUCGAGAUGGACCAAGAACGGGCGCUGCGCGAAGCCGCCGUAGCCGUGGGCGUCUUCGGACCGCCAGUCUCCCUAGCUAUGGCAAGAUACACUACGCCACUACCCCUGCCCACAGUCGCACCGACGACAAACUCUACCAAUAAUACAACAACACCACCUCGACAAGACAAUGAGGAUGGAAACGCAUCCGAGGAUAGUAUAGAUGUAACGAACGAGGAGCCAUUGACGCCUCAACGAAGUGGAUGCGCGCAGCUUCCACCAAUACUCCCGUCAUUAUAUUCGCCCGCGAGUGCCGAAACGGUUUACGAGACCAGCGCGAGGCUGCUCUUUAUGGCCGUCAAAUGGGCGAAGAAUCUUCCCUCUUUCGCUGGUUUGCCAUUCAGAGAUCAGGUAAUAUUACUGGAAGAGGUCUGGUCGGAGUUGUUCCUCCUCAAUGCGGUUCAAUGGUGUCUGCCACUCGAAUCGUCGCCUCUCUUCAGCGCUGCCGAACUGACAGCUCUGACCCUUUCGCCGCAUCCGCAUCCGCACUCGGGACUGCACUUACAAACCACUACGGGAAAACCGAGUCAAGUAACGGCGGAUGUCAGGCACUUGCACGAUACCCUGCAGAGAUAUAAGGCGGUCAUGGUCGAUCCCGCGGAAUUUGCCUGCAUGAAGGCCAUCGUUCUCUUCCGCCCAGAAACCCGCGGCUUAAAGGACUCCAGUCAAAUUGAGAAUCUGCAGGAUCAGGCACAGCUAAUGUUGGGACAUCACGCGCGCGCUCAACAGCCGAAUAGCCCGGCCCGUUUUGGCAGAUUGCUAUUGCUGCUCCCGUUGUUGCGAAUGGUUCCGGCUGCAAGAGUGGAAUUGAUUUAUUUCCAUAGGACUAUCGGCAAUACACCGAUGGAAAAAGUCCUUUGUGACAUGUACAAAAACUAAAAAUCAUCUCGGACAUUAGAAGAUUCCUCGAGAAUUAUAAAUUAUCACUAUGAUGAAAUUGAUAACGCGAAUUACGCAGGACCCAAAAGAUUUGGCGCUACAACGGAAAGCGGAAUCAAACACCGAAGGUGGACAGCAAAGACUGGCAAAUGAGAUUUCCCUAAAAAUGUAAGAAUCAAAGAGCAAAGCGCGCGCGCUUUGUUCCCACACGAUCAGGCCUAAGGACGAAGUCCUAUGUCCCUUCAAGAUGAUCGUAGAUAAGAUAAUAAAUUUGAUUGGCAAGUAUUCCUACCGUACAAACGCGAGGCACAGGAAGAAUGGCAUCGCUAACGAAUAAAACGGCAACUAAAAUCGAACGAGGGGCACUCAAUCGCGGCGUAAAUAUACACACAUAGACACAUACAUAUAAUAUAUGUAUUUAUUUAUUAUAGACAUAUAUAUAUAUAUAUCGGGCGUUAGGUCCGGCACGUUGAUAGAGCAUUUUUUUUUUUUUUGUUUCUCAUAAGAGAUCGAUCGAUUAAUUCGAAAAACAAAGAUAUUUUGUUCUUAUAUUUUCCUUCUCUUUUAUACCUUGACUUACAUUCAUCGUGACAUUACCGAAUUAGAGAGGAAAGUGACGGGAGCGAUAAAUACAUGUAACUUUGUGAUCUGUAAUUUCGUAAAUUAUUAUUAAAAAUAUGUGAUGCAGGAUUCAAUUAUUUGAUGGAAUAUAUGUUUGUAAAGUUGCAGUGAAAUUGUUUGAAAAAUUAACGCAAUUAAAAUUAUUCUUUUCUCUUUUUACACGUGAACAAAUUUAUGUAUCAGAGAUAUGAUUAAUAAACCAUGGCGAGAGAGAGAGAAAGAUAUAUAUAUAUAUAUAUAUAUAUAUAUAUAUAUAUAUAUAUAUACAUAUACACACACACACACACACAC